AUGUCCCACAAAGCGCACCCCACAUACACAUCUCAGCGUGCAUUGCGAACAUCUCCGGUGCUUGUCAUGGGGAGAUAUUCCCAAUACACGGCUGAGAUGUGUGGUGGGGCGCUUGUGGGACUCACUCUAUGGGAUGCUGAUGGAAGAGUGAGACGCUUUCAUGGGAUGAAGACAGAAUGGGGUUUUGAUCAAUUYCUGCAGCUCGCAGUCUUCCAUGACUCUUCAUUUGGAUAUCUUGUAGACGAUACAUGUGUAUUUGGAGUAGAGAUUUUUGUCAUGRAAAAUACAGGAAAAGGCGAAUGUUUGUCUCUGAUAAAACAGAYCAGCCCAUCUACAUAUACCUGGAAGAUCGAACACUUCUCACAAUUAGUCAAUGAAAUUUAUUAUUCAGAAGAAUUUGUGGCUGAAGACUACAAAUGGAAAAUUCUGGUUUAUCCAAAGGGUUAUGGGCUCAGGAAGGACAAUAGUCUUUCAGCAUUUAUGUCCUUGACAAAUUCAGCAACCCUUUCCUCUUCCAAGGAAGUGUAUGUGAAAUGCAAAUUACGGGUGGUGAACCAGCUUGAUGGAAAACACAUUGAAAAAGCUCUUAAUCUUCAGAAAUAUGUUUCCACAACUAGUAACUGGGGUUGGUUUGAUGUGGUUUCUCUUAACGAUCUCAAAGACCCAAAAAAGGGUUUUCUAGUGAAUGAUACUUGCAUCCUCGAGGCAGAGGUUACUAUUAUUGCAGUAGUUGAUAAAAUGUCGUGAAUUGAUUUCAUGUAUAGCUUGAGCUUCACAAAUCAUGGAUAUCUGUAAAACCAUCUGKGGUAAGCAUGUUAAAGUUGUAUAAUGAUCAAAUGAUGUAUAAUUGGCGACACAAUUCAAAAUCCACUCUGUUUCAGCAAAAUCCCUGGUUCAUCUUGUUCCUCAACGACUAAACAUAUUCCUAAUAAA